AUGACUGACGAGAUCUUAGAGAAACGUAAUAACAAGCUCAAGUCUCUGAUUAUCGAGCACGAUUCUCCAGCUCCCAAAGAAAUCCCUCAAGAGGAGUUCAGAUUGAAAAGAGUUGGAAGGCCCCUAAGACCAAUCAAGUACAUCCCUGUCAAAUCACUUAUUUUUUAUUCCAAGAAUACACCACCACAGUUCUCUUAUGAAAACAAAAUCAAGACUCCCAUCGGACGCAAUAGACUUGUCGUGCAAGUAAGAAAUGUGGGACUAAACCCUGUUGAUUUGAAGAUAAUGAAUAGUUACACAAAAAACAUGAAUACUGAAACUGGUAUCGGCAGAGAAUACAGCGGUAUUAUUUCUGAAGUCGGUGAAUCUCUGAGAGGGGAAUGGCAUGAGGGAGACGAAGUGUAUGGUACUUUUUUCCAUCCCAAUCUUGGAUAUGGUGCAGCACAAAGCUCCAUUUUGGUAAAUCCUUCCACUGAUGUGUUGAUUCGUAAACCCUCAAACUUGAGUUUUUCUUCGGCAGCAGGUACCUUGUUUUGCCUUGGUGCAGCGUUCAACAUACUCGACAAAUUGGAGUCGAAAGGACAUCUCACUGAAAGUACCAACAUCCUGAUCAACGGAGGUACCACCUCCCUAGGAAUUUUUACUAUUCAACUUUUAAAAUAUCACUACAGGAUUCCAAAAAAGCUGGUGAUCUUAUGUUCGGAAUACGGCGCUACUCUGUUGAAAUCGCACUUUCCAGAUCUAUGUGAUGAGUUAAUUUUCGUUAAUUACGUGACAAACGCUAGACAAAUUUACAAGCCGCUGCAGGAUAUGAUAAACAACAGAGAGGUUAUCAGCUAUGAUGCAGAGACUGGGCAACCUAUUUCAAGCCCAUACGACCAAGGUAAAUUUGACGUGAUAUUAGACUAUGUUGGCGGAUAUCAACUAAUUAGUCAUACUGACUCUUUACUUGCAAAGUAUGGUGCGUACACAACUACAGUCGGUGACUACAGAGCAAAUUACAAACAGGAUAUUUAUAACUCCUGGGACAAUCCUAGCGCCAAUGCUAGAAAAAUGUUCGGCAAAUUGUUGUGGACGUUUGACUAUUCGCAUUUCUACUUUGACCCCAACGCCAAAUAUGCUUCUAAAAACGAUUGGGUCAACAAAUGUGCCGAAUUAGUUGAGAAUGAAGUUAUUAAGUGUAUCGUCGAUAAGGUUUUUGAUUGGAAAGAGCAUGAAGAAGCGCUCUCAUUUUUAAGAACAGGGCAUGCUCACGGUAAGGUAAUUCUAAAUGUGGAGAAGUUUUAG